AUGAGAAACAAGGUAAGAAUUUGGUGGCCAAAACAACUGGCUUCAACUGAACCACCUACAACUUCAAGCAACAAUAAUCUCUUGUUCGGUUGGUUCGUUUCUUGUUCUUCUGUUUCUAUUGAUGUAGUAGUGGCUUUUGCUUGUGAUGAAGCUUCACUUUCUCACCCCAAUUCUACCCUCCAGGAGAUUCUCCCCCACGUAAAUGGGAAAAUGCCUGUGUUUUUACAGGAGAGAGCGGCCUUUUCUCUUUUGGGUCAGUGUGUUUUGUAUGGCAGAGGUGAUGGGAAAAUGUUGAGGGAUGGAAUGGAAGGGGGUGAUUGGAGGAAUUCGUUUACCAAUGGUGCUGAUUCCGUGAUGCAUAGCUGGGAUUUGUUUGUAGGAAAUGAUAGAGGGAGGAGUUGUAGGUGCAAUGAACUUGAUGAGUUGUAUGAACAAUAUCGGAAAGGUUCUGUUGAAAAUGGGCAUUGGAUUCGGUUGGUAUAUGAUCCUUCUGAAGAAUACGGUAAAGACAUUCAUUGGGUUCCGAAACUGCAUCACUUUCAUUGGAAUGGACAGAUAGUUUCUCAUUGCGAUGUCCACGUUGUAGUUUAUGAAAUUCCUGCAUAUGGGGUGCACCAUUUCUCAUUGAAUCUUUGGAAGUCAUCUGAGCCAGCAAAAGAUCCUGUCAAGAAACCGAAGUGGGUUAAUGAACUUGAGAAGAAUCAGCCUCUAUUGGACUUGGAUACAGUCAUUUUGGCUAUCAACAGUGCUGCUGCAGCUAAAUUAGCUCUUGAGACACAUGUGGGCUCUACGAGAUCUUUUGCUGGUUUCUACAUUAUCAACAGGUCUAUUGCUUUCACAUGGCAAGUAUUGGCCAUUUUUGUAGCAUCAAUUUCCACUCUAUUCUAUAUCGUUCUUCAGUUUUUCCAUAAUCUUUCAAGUUUCGGAUCAAAAACAUGGAUGUACACCACAUCAGCAAGGGUGUUCUGCACUACGUGGACAAACAUUCAAAUCCGCUGUUGUCAAAUCUUGUAUUGGCCCAUCAUUCUCCAAGAUAAUGGCCUUAGGUCGCAAUCGUGUGUGGAAUAUAUGGAGAAUGCUGCAUUACGUAGGCAUUCUAUGUGGUCAAGUUUAGCUGUUGAUCUUCUUUUGGGAAAUUUGGUUGGCUUGGCACUCUUACUUCAUGCCGAAUCUGUUUGCUUAUGGAUUUUGACCUUUGCCAAUGGGAUUACCAAUGAGUUAUUGCGCUCAGGUUCUGUGUGGUUGAUGGGAGUACCAGCAGGUUUCAAGUUGAAUACAGAACUGGCAGAAAUGCUUGGUGUGAUUUCUCUUAAUGCAAUACAAAUUUGGUCUACUCUUUGGAUCUUAAUUGGUUUCCUCUUCAUUUAUUUCAUCAAAGGACUUGCUGUACUGGGCAUUGUUUUUGGGGCAACUAUUCCUGCUGCUUUGAUCAUAGAUACGAUUUCCCUAGCAACAUUGCACGUGUCAACUCUUCACUGGGCAAUCUCACUCUUGUAUUCCCGGCAAAUACAGGCUUUAGCAGCUCUGUGGCGUCUUUUCAGGGGUCGAAAGUGGAAUCCUCUUCGUCAGAGAUUAGAUAGCUAUGACUACAGUGUGAAGCAACAUAUUGUGGGUUCCCUUCUGUUCACUCCACUUUUACUUUUGUUACCAACGACUUCUGUUUUCUACAUGUUCUUCACCAUUUUGAGCACAGCUGUCGCUCUUACUUGUAUAUUGAUUGAAGUCAUGAUAUCCAUGAUUCAUAGCACACCACCUAUUAAAAUUUUCCUGUGGUUGGUGAGACGGAGAAGAUUUCCCUCUGGGAUAUGGUUUGAAAUUGUAUCUUGUCAGAAUGAUUCUCUGGAGUUUGUAUGUCUCGACAAAUUUUGUUGUACAUCUGAUAAGUCAUAUCAUAAGAAUGACAGAGACAAAAAUAGAUCGAGCAACAUGGUCUCCAUUCUCCACAGCAACUUUUUGAGUAUAGGACAAGUAGUUUUCCCUCACUAUAGAAAGGUUGUCUCUGGGGUUCCUGAUUUUGCCAGUAAAUCAGCAUAUGGAGCUCUUACUGGUAAAAGAACUGCAUCGACUUUGGGAAUCUGCCUGCCUUCAACAAUGCCUUGGUUUUUUAUCCCGCAGAGAAUUAUGCUAGCAUCACGGAGGCUCCAACUCCACAGCCCGAACCAAAUACAAGUAGCAACCUUCCAUCGCAUGGUACCACUCAAGGCAGCCUACAUCCUCAAGAGUGUGGACCUCGUUGUACUAAUAGAUGCUCCAAGACAGCCUUCAAGAAGCCAUGCAUGUUCUUUUGCCAAAAGUGCUGUGCCACGUGCUUGUGUGUGCCUGCUGGAACUUACGGAAACAAGCAAUCUUGCCCUUGCUACAAUAAUUGGAAGACCAAGAGGGGAGGCCCCAAAUGCCCUUGAAUACCUAUUUCAUUAG